AUGUCGAAAAACAAGGAGCUGGUUCUCACUCCGGACCAAGCACGCCAGCUUGAGAAGGACAGCCGGCAGCAGUCGAAGAGCGCUACAUGGAAGGCUGCUCGCACCAACAGACUCACAGCGUCCUCCUUCGGAGCUGUCCUGAUUAGAGUAUCGUGGACUGAUGUCGGGCUUCGGAACCUCACUGAAGAGAAGGACUUGUCUCGAGUCGCACCAGUCAAGCAUGGUAUCACCCAGGAGCCCCAUGCCGUGAGGCACUACGAAAAGACUCUGCGGUCUCGUGGUCACCAGAUCCAGACCACCUGCUGUGGCCUCAUGGUGAACCCCUCUUCGCCAUGGUUGGGAGCGUCCCCAGACAGGCGCGUUUUUGAUCCAGCCGAGACACCCCCUCACGGGGUCAAGGUCGAGGUCAAGUGCCCCUACACUAUGUGGAACUGUGACACUCCUGACUCCAAAGGCUUUUUUGUAGUAAAGGAUGCCGCAGGCGUAUACAGACUAAAGCGUGACCAUAGCCGUUACUACCAGCUAUUGGGACAGAUGGCCCUUUCUGGCGUCACCUGGGGAGAUUUUGUGGUAUAUUGUAAGAACUUCUUGAUCAUAGAACGGAUUCGAUUUUGCCCUUGUAGCUGGAUUAAGUGCAAGGAGGUGCUCGACAAGUUCUAUUUUGAGACUCUACUACCCUAUCAUGUGGGUAGGCCAGACCAGUGA